CGGACCAGUCAAACACCACAACUUGCUGCUGCCUCUCUCCAUUCAGCCUCUACCACCAACCUGAGAACAUUUCUCCCCUCCAAAAUCUCAGUCCCAGUCUUUGUUUUCUGCUCCUAUAUAAACGCCCCCAAAAAGCCAGGAGCCCAGGAUAGAAAGACAGACACAACCUGUGACUAGAGCAUACUCCUUUUCGGCGAGGACGAGUCGUCAGCAAAUCAAGAACAGAACCACCCGCACGUACGUGCUCCGUCAAGCAAGAUCCAUCAUCCAUGGCCAACAAUGGCGUCAAGGUCACCUACAUCGAGACGCAGUUCGUCACCUCCGACGCCGCGGGCUUCAAGUCCCUCGUGCAGCGCCUCACCGGCAAGUCCGCCGAGGCCGGAGCCGAAGCCGCGGCGCGUCCGCUCCACCGGCCGCGCCCCAGCCGCCCAGCCGCCGAGGGGAGGAACGCCGUCGCCGGAGCACGAAGCCAUUUCAUGCCCGCCAAAGCGGGCGCGGUCGGUACAGCCGGGAACCACGUGCGGGCUGCCAAAGCCAACGCCGGCGCCGCGCAGCCGUGUCCGGAUGAGCUGUACGGGCUCUGCGAUUACUCGGAGCUGUUCUGCGCGGGCGAACGGCGCCAUGGCGGCGGUUACAGUGAUUUCCUCUAUUGAGGUGUAAAUACUCCUGGUUACGACGUCGGCAAAUUCAAUUCAUUUUUUAGAUGCUCCGUACUUCUGUCUGUUCAGUCUAUUAGCGUCCCAAUUUGGGAAAUUGCAAAUAUAAGGAACUACUC